CACUUAAAAUAAGAUGGCUAUCACAACUGAAACAGAGCAAUGUGUAUUAGUAUACAGUACUUUAAUACUAACUAGUGAGAGAGACCAGUAAGUUGCUUCACUGGGUGAAUGCAUGAAACGCUGAUCUGACAGGACAAGACCGGUUGAAGACACAGGAGAUUUGAGGCACUCUGUAGUGUACGCGACCAAAACCUGUCGGAUCGUCCCAAUCAAGGGAACUUUUUUCCCCCCUUAAUUGGCUCGUCAUGGUCAACAUGUGACAGGAUGACGAGGACACAUGGACGGAGGAGGGGUUGUUUUAAACCUCCGGUGAUGAUGAUGGAUGUCACCUGGUUCUGGUCUGGGUUCUCCGGGGCAGUGGCAGCCCUGCUCCUGCUUAUCUCCUUCACCACAGACUACUGGCUGCUGGGCACGGAGACGUGCACCUCGAAGGAUACCGCACCAGUUAUCUAUCAUGAGGGUUUGUUGUGGAGAUGCGUUGUCAAGGGAACUGGGGAGGAUGAUUCUUUCUGGACAUUCUGGGGUAUCCAGUCCACAACAGAGAUUUGUUCUCAUGCGUAUCUUUUCCCCACACCAAUCUAUGACACUGCCAUCACUGCCACCCCUGCCACUUCAAAUGCCAGUGCCACGGAUGCAGCUGAAGUCUACAGGGGGCUGUGGAUCAUGUUCAUAAGCAUGGGCAUCAGCGCGGUGCUACUGGCAGGCUUCCUGGGUAUUGGGGCUGGCACAUCAGGCAAGGCCUCGCUCUGCAAGGCCGCAGGAGGCCUGUUCCUCACAGGCGGUCUUCUUACACUGUGCGUGCUGGUCUUGCACGUGGUCUGGUUCUAUGGGACGGCCACGUUGGAGGACUAUGCCGUGCAGCAGAGGAGAUGGGCGUGCAUGAGCUUCCACCUGAGUGUGCGUCACGGUCCGUCCUUCAUGCUGGCUCCUGUGGGGGUCUUCUUCUCCCUCCUCAGUGGAUCGCUCCACCUCGCCCUGGAGAGAAGACUGAGAAAACAGCAGAUUGGGAGUCUGAUAAUUGCAGAGAUAGAGGACUUUGAGGACUGAGAGAAUUACCACGUUGUACAUUCCAAUGAAAGGCCUGAAUGUGUAGGCCUAUAGCCAGGAGAACCCUGGGUAACGCUUUAGAACAGGGGUGCUCAACUAGAAACUGAAAAGGUCCACUCGCCAAAUUUAGCUCUUGCUCACUCACUGAGUUGUCAUAGUGAUGAUACUUUUAUUUGUCAUAAGACUGGCUUUGCAGAAAUACACCUAUAGAUCGCAUGGCAGCGAAAUCUCAUGUAUAAUUUAUACAUAUUAAAUACAGAUGGAUUUUGUCUUGGUCCGGAUGACAUUGCGUUUGGGUCCGCAUCCGGACCUGGGUCCGCCAGUUGAGCACCCCUGCUUUAG